AUGCUGGUGAAGGUACACAUAGUGCUUUUCCUAUUUCCCACUUAACAACAAGUAACAAGUAUUGAAGUAUGUUGUUAAUAUUUCAGGGGCUACAGAAAUUGAAACAUAUUGACCUUUCAACAUCUUACUCAUUCACGAGUUCCUUUUUAAAGUAAGCAAUCAUCAAACAAAAUUCUGUUAUUUGAGUUGUGGAUUGAAAUUUUGGAAUGAUAGGAACCCUAGUGUGAAUGGUGGUGUAGAUAAUUUGGAGGUGAUGAUUUUAAGGGAUUGCAUGAAUCUCAAGGAAAUUGAAGUGGAACGCUUUAUGGUAGUUGUUCUUGUAGGAGAAUUCAAACACCUCAAACACCUUGUACCCUGUACGUAGUAAACCAAAUUCAUUCAUAUUUUUUGUUUUUGUUUUUGUAUGAGAUGUAAUAUUUGAUAAACAAAAAUCAAAUAUUUGGGAGAACAUGACAUAUCUAACCGGGAAAGUCUAGCAUGUGAGGUUGACUGGUACAAUAGAUGUUACAGUGAUCAAAAAACUCGGUUUUUUGUCAAGGGGAAGCCCACUUAUCACUAUUGUGUUGUUUCUAGUUUUAGUGAAUAUACAGUUGUUAAUUAUGGAUGUGUUGUAAAAAUGACCAAAACUGCCCCUCUAGAAAAAGUUUGCCUCCUUAGUUGUGGAACAGCAGUAGGUAAACAAGCUUUGUAAAACAUAAAUUUGCAUAAUUGAUCCCUCAAGUUUCAAAGUUGCAAAUUUGGUCCUUUUUUGUGGUUUUUGUCCCUUCUCAAAAUGAAAAAGACUAUUUUUACCUUGUGACAUAUAUAUAUAUAUAUAUAUAUAUAUAUAUAUAUAUAUAUAUAUAUAUAUAUAUAUAUAUAUAUAUAUAUAUAUAUAUAAAAUUGCAAAUUUGGUCCUUUUGGCAUACUUUUGUUUUGAUUUUGGUCCCUCCUCAACUUGAAAAAGACUAUUUUGCUCUUCUGAUCUCUUUUCUAGAUAAAUUUAAAUAAGGGACCCCUCUUUUUAGUCAUUUGAAAAGAAAAUCCAAAAGAAAUUACGUAAGGGAAAAAUAGUCUUUUCAAGUUGGAACAGGAUCAAAAACCGCAACAAAAGUACACCAAUUUUGAAAAUUUGAAACUUGAGGGACAAAAACCAAAGAAAAAGGCAAACCACAGGGACCAAUUUUUCAUUUUUCAUAAAUACGAAUAUUUUGAAAAGAAAUGUUGUAAAUAGAAUUGUUUCUAUAGGUUUGGGUGCAACUUGGAGUGUUUCUGAUGUUUCUUAAGGAUCAACAGUUGCGAUUUUUGGUUUGGGAACUGUAGAGUUAUCUGUAAGUAUCUAAACCUAUUUUUAUAUCAUUUUUAUUGGCUAAUUGAAAUAUCAAUUGAUUAGGUUGCACAAGGUGCUAAAAUAAGGGGCACAUCUAGGAUAAUUGGGGUGGACACUUAAUCCUGAAAAGAAAGAGAAAGGUAAUAACACACGAUUUAUUUUCAUAACAAGUGGUAAAUCUAACAAGUCUUUCUUGAUGUGAUUAGUAUAAAAAUUGUUCAUUAAUAAUGAUUUUUGUUAUUUGUGCAGCAAAAGCUUUUGGAGUAAUAGAUUUCAUCAACCCAAAUGAUAUGAUGAGACAGUUCAACAGGUACACUAGUACUAUGUUUAUGUUAAUAAAUACUCCAAUAAUAAGAUUAAUAACGAUAAUAUAGUUGAUUUCUUAUAUUUAUGAUUUCAGGCUAUCAGGCGACUUACAGAUGGUGGUGUAGAAUAUUCAUUUGAAUGUAUUAGAAGCACUGAGAUGAUAAAUACAACUUUGCAUUCUUGCUGUGAUGUAACCUAACUAACUCCUUUCUUAAUCUAUUAAUCUUUAAAAGGUAAAAAAAAAAGAAUUAUUUUUGUCAUUGAUUAUUAGGGGUGGGGUGUGAGAGUUACUCUUGGGGUUCCUAAGACAAACCCAAAUGUAGCAUGUCAUUAUGGAUUAUUUAUUACUGGAUAAACACAAAAGGGUCUUUUUUUGGAGGAUGGAAACCAAAAUUAGAUAUUCCCAGGUAAUAAUUACACUUAUUUCAAACGAUG